AUGUCUCAUUAGAGAAGAAGGGAGUAGUUCGAAAAAAUAUCGAAUUCUUUGAAGGAGGACGAUCGAAAGAGAAGGGAAGAAUUAGAAAGGGAAUUUUUGAAAUGUCAGAAGAGAGGCUAAAUGCACACUAAUUCAAUGAUGAAUUGGAUAAACAAACACCAAAAUAAAGCAGAUCCUAAGGCCAAAGAAAUGUAUCGCUAUCUACCUGAAGAAAGACGUAAACACAUUGAGCUUACCCUGCUGUUUGAGAAGUUUGACAAUGAUGGUUCCAAAGCACUAGAUUUUAUUGAAGUAUUCAGGAUGUUCACUAAAUAUGGAAUCUUCAUUACUAAGAAAGAAUUGUUAGAUUUUUUUAAAGUUGUUGACCAAAAUAAGGAUUUCUCUUUAAACCUCCAAGAAUUCAAAGCCUGUUAUUUGGACUCAGCUGCAAGAGAUAUUUUUGCUAAAAUAAUGAAAUAAUUGAUAGAGAGAACACAAUUGACCGAAGACGAAAUUAAUGCUGCCCUAAAUGAAAUGAAUGAAUUGAACAAUUAGAAUAGCAACUAAAAUCAAAAUCCUAUACCUGCUCUUCCUAAAUCCUUUUAGGGAGUCAUCAGUCUGCUCACGUAUUUGAAUACCAGGGAUGAGAUAAAGGAUAAGCUGACCUCAAAAUAAGUCAACAUCUAUGAACAAAUUAAUAAUCUAAAAUAACUAAUUGAGUUGAGUAAUAAAAUCGAUGUUGUUUAGAAGGUGGAGAUUGAAAGAAAGAUCAAGAUAAAAAAAUCCUCAGAGGAUAGAUUAAAUAAAUUUAAGAAUCAAUUAAAGUAAAUUAAAGACAGAGCCAUCCAAACUGGACAGAUGAUGGCUGAAGAAGAAUUGAGACAAAAAAAUUCUGCUUUUUUAAUUACUGUCUAACCUCAACGCAAAUACAAGUAUAGCUAUAAAAGUGAAAACAAAUUCAAAAGAAUGGCACCAAAUAAAUAAGAGGAAUUACAUCUACCUAGCUACUCAGAUUAAAAAGUAAAUCAAUUUUAUGAAUAUAUGAAUAUUAAUAUUCCCGAUCAAUUGAAGAAUAUUAAUAAUAGAAUAUGGACUAAGCUAUUUGAAAACAAUCAAUAAUUAGACAUCAUCCUCUAAAAGAAUAGAAAAAAUCAAUUAGAAUCUUAAAGAACUGAUAGAUUAAAACAGAAGAUUAAAUAAACCUUGGACAACUUAUAAGCUAAUUUUGAAUCUGAUUUCGAUAGUGAAGCAAAUAGAAAACCAACUUUAGAAUCUCCACAAGAAAAACAAUCUGCAAAAUCUCCUAAUUUCUUUACUUCAAGAAAUUUAAUGUCAUAAACUUCAGAAGAUUUUAGGACUGCUAGGACACAGAGAAUGCCUCCAGGAUCCUCAAAAUUAUCUUUUCAUUGA